AUGGCCGACUCUGAGUUGGAGAGUGCACUGGCGAAGGAAGGCCUAGCAGCAGAGGUCAUCAAAGUGGCCACGGAAGGGGGCUGGACAGCCUCGGCUUUCAAACAUGUCGUUGAAACCCAGGCAGAAGUUGAGGGAGCCAUCCCCGAGAUCUUCCCAGGUAUAUGCCUCCAAAGCCGAAGAAGAAGCCCGAACGACCAGUGGUGGAAGGAAGAGAUUACAUUCCCUUGGAAGGGGGAGAACCAGACGGGCCAGUGGAGAUCGGGCGAAGGCAGCUGGAGAGACUCUCUGCACUCGCAGCAGAGACGGAAAGGAUCCAACGGCGAGCAAGGGAACGAGCCUUGCAGGAACCAGUUCGGUUUCCAAAGUCAGGAGGGCCACCGCCACCAGCGGGCCCAGAACCAGAGCAAGCUCCAGAGUGUCCACCGCCAGGAGAAGAACGAGCUCCAGAGUGUCCACCUCCGGACCCAAUGCCGAGUGGUACGAAGCUUCCUCUUCACACGCUGGACGGGGAACCCAGCAACGCAGCAGUGGCGGAACACAUCCGCCGGAAUGAGGAAGAGUAUGCUGCAAGACGUGCCGGUGCAAUUCCUUCAGGAGACGAAGCAAGAGCCAGGGAAUCCAAGGAAUUUGCUCGUGGAGUUGCAUACUUUCGAGCCAGGUACGGCCAGCGAAGCCAAAGCAGUGGAACAGCGAGUUCCAGCCGAGACACGGGGCCUGGGACCCUACAACCCAGGACGGGACCUGGGACCCUACAACCCAGGAUGGAAGAUGCGAGAAAUGAGCCAGGGAGCAGUUCCAGAGGACCACCUCCGAAGGAACGACCUGCUGGAAGCAAGGCGCCACCUCCAGAGCCAAAGGGACCACCACCGAAGCGAGGGGGAGCAACGCAAGCCACUACGCUCUACCCGAAUUCUCCUUGGAGGAGAGCAGAAAGGAGGAGAAUGCGAGAAAGGGGCGAGGAGCCAAACCCUGGAAAUGAGGAAGAUGAAUGGGGAGAUUGGUCAGGACGACUACCAGAAGGAGAAAGCAGAGAUCGACUACCAGAAGGAGAAAGCAGAGAUCGACUACCAGGAGGAGAAAACAGAGAUCGACUACCAGGAGGAAUCAAAAUUCUAUGGCCUAUGUACAAACAAGAGCCUCUACUCCGACAAGACUAUGAAUGGAACAAGAGAUCCAUUGGUGAUGUGGAUUUGGACCAGUAUUCCAGGAGCAAAGAACCUCUACGACCCCAAGACUAUGCAAUUCGAUUACAAUGGAGCAAUGGCAAUGAUGCUUAUGCUUGGAGCGCUUGAGCAGAGGGGCACGGAGAGAUCACUUGCGUUCGUGUGCUUGUGUGAGAAAACAACAGAGAGGUUGGAGCAACAAGCAAGCAGUUCGGAUGAUCUGAACCGAAGGAUUGAAAGUGCGACAAAGGCGAUCAAGGCACCAGAUGUUUGGAACCCACAAGCCUCGGGAGAGCAUCCACCGGAUUUUACAACCUGGAAACAUCAGUUUCUGAAUUGGCUAGGUUUUGCCGAUUCGCAGUACUCAGAAGCUCUAAGUAUGAUUGAAAGUCUGGGAGCAACGCCGAUCGAUGUUUCGACUCUCACUACAGUGGAGAGAGAACUUUCGACAAAGCUUUACCACAUACUGACUUCGUAUAUGCGGGGAGCAGCAACGCAACUGUCUCGAAAUAGGAGCAGGGAGCGAUGUGGGUAUCGUCUCUAUCAAAGUUUGCUUUGGGAAUACCAACCAGCCACCAAACAACGAGCUCUAACCCUCAGUCAAGCGAUUGGGAUGUUUCCCAACUUCGAUGGGGGCAAGAGCAUGGUGGAGCAGAUUGGUUCACUGGAAAACCUUGUUCGGGAGUACGAGAUCGCUUCAGGAAAGACCUACGAUCGAGAUUUGUUGAUGGGAGUUUUGCUUCGAUGUUCACCGAGGGCGAUUCGAGACCACCUUACUUUGACAAUGCCCGAAGGAACAAACUACAUGUCAGUGAAGCAAGCGAUUCUUUCAUACGAGCAAAGCAGCAAAACUUGGGAUUACCAGACGGUGUUGAAGCAAAAGACCUUGCAGAACACAGCGAGCAGUUCGAAUGCAGAUCAAGGACCAGCACCAAUGGAAGUGGAUGCAGUGUACGAGAAAGGAGGAGGAAAAGGAAACAAAGGCAACAAAGGAAACAAAGGAGGAAAAGGAUCCUACUCGUGGUCAAGCUUUGGAGCAGGAUUUCGCCAAUGGAGAAAAGGUGGACGAAAAGGAAGCUACAAAGGAGGAAAGAAAGGACGAGGCAAAGGUUUCCACAAAGGAGGAAAGAAAGGCGGAAAGAAAGGUGGAAAGCAUGGCAAAGGAGGAAAGAAAGGUGGAGGAAAGAAGUUGGACAGAGAUGUUUGCCGAUUCUGCAAGCAGCGAGGACAUUGGGGAAACGAGUGUCCAAACCGCAAUGUUCGAGAAGUGCGGGCGAGCGAGGCCAGCACCGAGGUACCCCACUCGACAGUCGAGUCUGUUACUCCGUCGCAGAGUGCGAGCCAAUACAGGAUAAGGAGAGUGAGGAACAUUGAUUUCCAUCACAUUGCGAACACACCACCUGACGGCACAGAGCACUAUGAGCUUAGCGAAGUUUCAGAAGAAGAAGGUGAUUGGUUCACCAGAAGGAUAGAGGUGCAAGGACCAGAGUGCUACUACAUCGGGGAUGAGAGUGAGAACAAACAAGAUCAUGAGAGUGAUGAGCUGUAUCAAUGGUAUGAAAACAGCUUGGAAAGAGUUCAAGGAGGAUUGGGACCUCCAGGAGGAUUGGAACCUCUGAAUCAAGGAGGAUUGGAACCUCUGAGUCAGGGAGGAUCGGAACCUCUCAAUGUGCGAAUGGUCCAGUUGGACACAAAGCAACAUGUGGUGAUCUUGGAUUCAGGAGCAGAUGUGAGUUUGUUACCACGAAGAUUGUCGGAUGCAGGCGUCGAAGUUUCGACCCCAACCUCUCUGAGGUUGCAAGACGCACAAGGGGGUGCGAUGCGAGUUGAAGGUAUGCGGCGAGCAGUUUUGCAGUUCAGUAGCUGCAGUGUGACUGAGGACUUUGUGUUGUCGGACACCAAUAACAUCUUGCUGUCUUUAGGAAGGCUACUCAAAAAUGGAUGGAAGUUUGUGUCAGUGGGAUGCAAACAGCGCCAGGGGGGCGAGACCUGGGGAGAAGAAACCCAGGCGGGGGAACUUGUAUCUCCCGAUGGUAAGGCACGGGUGCCUGUGGAAUACCAGAGGAAUAGCUUGAGAUUGACAGCGGAAGUUAGAGGAGUCGAGCAAGUCAGGGCAGUCAAGGUGACUUUGGCCUAUGACUUUGGUAAAGUCCCAGAGAAGGAUUGGAGCCUUCUACCGAAUGGAACGCCAGUCCAUCGCCAUUUUGGACUUGAGUUUGUAAAGCCGCCGACAGGUACUUGGAAGUACAGGACCACCAUCGUGAAGGUGGGCAACGAAUGGGAAGUGAUUGAAGCAACGGAAUUGCUCGAGCGAAAAUCCGACUUGGAAGAUCGAAUACCGGGAUUGCUUUUUCGAUCAGAAAUUCUCACAUUCUUGCACAGGACACCAGAGUAUCUGGACAAGUGCUUGGUAGAAGAGGUAGCACCAGAAGAAGCACCAAAGGAGGAAGAAAAGAAGAUGGAAGAGGAGCCAGAAUGGUUUGGAAGAGAAAGAGGAGCUCCAGAAGAGUUGCAGGUGCCAGUGCCGAAAGGAGUUGUGAAGCAGCAAGGAAAGGCAGGAGGACACCAAGAGUUGGAACUCGACAUGGGAAGUACUAUUGUGGUGAAUGGAGAGUCACUCACAGCAACGAGUGAGAUUGAGAAGCUGCGAGAAGGUUGUCGGUAUUUGGGUUUGAGCGUCUCAGGGUCAAAGGUGAAGAUGUUCAGGAGACUGUGCAACUACCUCACCGAAGACAGAGAUGAGGACGCAGAAGAAGUUGCAGACAGGCUGAGGAAGCAAAGGCCCAAAGCAAGAACAAGACCCGGAGUGCCCGAACCGACAGAAGCAGAGAUUGAAGAGCAUAUGGCAACCCACAUGCCAAUGCAACCAUGGUGUGAUUUCUGUGCAGCAGCAAAGUCGAAACAGGACCAUACCCCACAAAGCAGUGAAGCAAAGUAUGAAGACCCAGGAAAGCCAGUGAUCCAGAUGGACUUCAUGUACAUGGGUCAGAACAGUGUGAGUCUGAUCAUUCUUGAUUCAUGGACUCGAUUUUCGUGGGCGAUUCCAGUGCCGGGGAAAGCACCGACGAAGAAGUUGGCCGAGAAAGUGGUGAAGUUUUCUCUCGAGAUGAACUACAUUUCCGAAGAAGUUCUGUUUGCGAUUGAUGUGGAGCCAGCGACAACAGCCUUACUGGAUUUGAUUGUAGCAAUACGACAAAAGUUAGGCUACAAGGCUGGAAAGUAUCCAAACAAGCCCUACCACAAAGGAAGAACAGCGAGAGUGGAACGCCACAUUCAGAACCUCAGGAGACAAAGCCUCACGAUGAUUGAAAUGGUCGAGGAUCGGAUUGGGGAAAAGAUUCCUGAAGAUCAUGCUUUACGAGCGUGGGCAAUUCACCACGCAGCAUGGUUGUUCAACAGGUACCACCUACACUCAGGGACGCAGAGUACAGCUUUCCAAUUGGUCUACGGGAGACCAUACCAAGGGCAGAUUUUACCCUUCGGAGAGUAUGUGUUUGGUCUGGCCAAGCCUGGAGGAGUGAAGAAUCGAUCCUUGUGGACAGGAGGAAUAUGGGUUGGAAAGGACGACCGGGACAUGGACGUGAUUACAUCAAAAGAUGGGAUCUUUACGUCAAGAUCUGUGCGGCGCACACAACCAGCGUGGCGCGCACGUGCAAAGAGAAAGAAGGAGGAGAAAAUGAGCCAGAGCCAGCAGGAGAUGAAGCAGGCGGGGGACAAAAGAGAGAAACUGAAGGAGAAGAAAGAGAGGAACCUGCGAAAGCUAGUAAAACAGCAGAUGCUGAGGAGAAAAGCUGAACUUGACAAACUCGCCAACAUGAAGGUUGUGAAGACGAUCAAGAAGGAAGAGUGUUCAGAGGAAGGACACGCAGCAGUGCGAAUGAUGUUUCUUUUUCAUCUCAUCUACAACUGGGAGCUUACAGUUCUUGACAUUCGUGACGCAUUCUUGCAAGUCAAGCAGAAAGCUCUGAUGUAUGCUGAUAUCUCACCGUGGAUUCGAACACUACUUGGUUUGGAUGAAGACCACGUAUGGAAAGUGGAGAAGUGUCUGCCAGGGCAAAGAUCAGCGGCAGAACAAUGGUUUACCCAUUUGGUUGAGAUUUUGAAGCGUUUGGGAUUUGAGCAAUUUGUUGGGAUACCCUCAAUCUUGAAGCACCGAGUGAAGAAGAUUGCAGUGUCGAUUCAUGUCGACGACGAGCUAGUUGCAGGUGCGAAAGGCGAAGGAAGAUGGCUGAUAUGCGAGCUAGAGAAGUUUUUCAAGCUCACAGUUGAGGGACCGUUCCCAUCCCACCGGGGAUCGGGAGAACAGCUUCAUUACCUGAAGAGGACCUAUGAGUUCCUUGAAGAAGGAAUUUUGGUGACAGUGUCGAAGAAGCACUACGAGAAGCUUAAAGGACUCUACAAGCUGGGGAACCGAAAGCCAAGACAAACCCCAGAGCACCAGCUGAUUGGAACAGUGGACAAUUCCAAAGAACUGGAGGAGAACGAGUGCAAGAAGUUUCGUUCAGCGUUGGGAACACUGUUGUACAUUUCUCAAGACCGAUGGGAUUUACAGCAUGUGACGAAGUGUUUGGCAAGUAAGAUGUCGAAGCCAACGGAACAAGCGUUAACCUGUUUGAAACAAGCUUUGCUCUAUGUGCAAGGAACAGAGCAACUGGGAUUCCUACUGAAGUACACAAAGGUUGGAAACAAGAUGAUGGAUGCGAAAGUUACUCGUGGAGAUCCGGAUGGAUUCAAGUGCGGGAAGACAAUGGAUGAUGCGAACAGGAGUCGGAGGAGAUUUCUCAUGUACCAUAUUGGAGCCAUGGUGUGGAAUGGAGAAAGUCAUGAGCGUUAUGGGAAAGAAGAAGCAAUGGAACAUGUGGCAGGUGAAGUUUGCCGAAGCCAAGUUCGAGCACUACGUGCAACUUUGUUGAGUGAGCGAGGAAGCAAGACGGCUAGAGCGAUGUACUUGACAAUGAUGGUGAAUAUGAUUUCUCAGAUUGCAGGACAACCAGACGAUUUUGGAGGACGAGAACGAGAAGAACGAGAAUUUGUUUUCAUCUAUGUGAAGGAAGUGAGUGGAUGGAUUAUUCUUUUCAGUGUGCUACUAGGAGGAAUUUUCGCUUUACUCUUGUUCUACAUGAUCGAGCAGAAGGUGAUCAAAGGACGACAGGAACCACAGGAAGAAGGACCACAGGAACCACAGGAAGAAGGACCACAGGCACCGCAGGAAGAAGGACCACAGGAACCACAGGAAGAAGGACCACAGGAACCGCAGGAAGAAGGACCACAGGAGCCACAGGAAGAAGGACCACAGGAACCGCAGGAAGAAGGACCACAGGCACGGUCGGAGUAUAAAUGGAUAGCUUGGAAACAUCGCAUGACGGAAGAGAAAGCUUCGGAGUUGUUGAUUGCCCGACCCCACAAACAGCCCAAGCUCGAAAUGCUGGGUCUUUCCAGCUUGCUCUUAGAUGAUCCGCCUACAAUCGAAGUGACCGAUGCCAAUAUGGGGAUCAGUGGUAUCCAGCGGAUCUUGGCAGUGCAUGACGUGGCAUUAGCCAUGGUUGGCUCAGCUCACCUUGCCCGCCUCAAAGCCUAUAGCUGCAAGUUUGUCCAACUCGUGUCCCAGCGUUUCGACCCAGCAUCAGGACUGCGUGCACCGACAAUUCUAGAAGCGCAGCAGGCAGAUUGUCGGAUUUGGCAGAGCAUCCACUCUUUGGUCAGUGAGAAAGCCUGGAGCUUGAAUGAUGCGUUGCAUGAGUUCACAGAAAUUAGAGGUGAGCUCAGCACCUUGUUGCAGGCUCGUCCGAAAGCCUUGUUCAUCCCCCGCGGCCCUGAUCUGAAAGGCAAGGGCAAGCAGGUGCAAGCCGUGUUGCUGGAUAUGAUGUCCAGCCUGCAGCUCGGCCAUCCGCGUUACUGUCGGCCUCUUGGCCUCCACGCGUUCUUCCCGCCAGGUGAGACCUGGAAUGCCUUGUGUGUCAGCAGGAAUAUCCUGACGUCCCCGCACAAGGACACAGCAAAUUUGCCGGGGUCGUCAAACUUGACAGUGGGUAUAGGUUCGUACUCGGAUGGAGGUCUUUGGAUAGAGGAUCAAGCAGGUACCGUGCCUCAGUUCAUUCCCAAGCUUGGGGUGACUCUCAUGGGGAAGAUCGUCAGAACGCAUCAUGAGCCAUUUAAGUUCCCAGUGCACCUGUGGCAUUGCACCCAACCAUGGCUUGGUGAUCGCUGGGUGCUGACGGCCUUUACCCUCCCAGGUGCCAUGUCCUGGGAUGAAGCCUGCGUUCAAGGUGCACAGAUCGAACACACCCUUGCCACAGCAUCGGCUUUGGUACCUGUCAAGGCCCUGGACGUUGGACCGUGGGUGAUCCACGAUGGGGCAGGUGUGGCGACGGAUGCAAAUACAUGGGAGGUCCGUGAGCAUCAACCUUUGCAUCUGCAUGCGCUUGAGGCACUUGCCUGUUUUUGUGGUGAUCCGGAUGUGAGUCUUUGCAAAUCCCUUUUGCAAGGCGUCCCUACAGGGUAUAACAACGAUAUCCCGGUGUCAAAUUGUUUUUGGCCGAAUCAGAAGGAGAACCUGGAGGAUGUAUCUCUUUCCAUCCACAUGCAGAAUUGGCGCUCGGCCUCAGUCGAUCCGUCAGUGACUCAGGCUUUGCUGCAGGAGGAAAUUGAUCAGGGGUUUUGCUUCAAGUUUGAUGGCGAUAUUGAAGCUGCUAAAGCUAAAUGGCCGGGUGCACUGGCGAUAGGGAAGUUAUCAGUGGUCCGUGCGCCAAAUCGAUCGGAAAGGUUGGUCUUAGAUAACUCAGUUUGUGGCACGAAUGCAAGUUGCAGUGUUCCGGAAGUCCAGCACAUGCCAUCAGUGAGGGACGUGAUGCACUGUUUUCCCCUUCGGGGCACUCGCUCGCGGCAAGCUGCCAUAUCUCUUGAUGUCAAAAGUGCUCACAAACGCUGUGUUGUCAAGGAGUCAGAGCAAGGUCUCCUAGGUUUCGCUUUUGCAGAUUCCCUGUACUUCUAUCGCGUGGCCCCAUUCGGGGCGGUCUUUGCACAGCAUUGGUGGGGGCGCUUAGGUGAUCACUUGCUGGAGCUGCUCGACGAGCCCCUUGAUGCGUACAACUACGUGUCGAAAGGCAUUGACAUCGGCAGGGAUGCGCGUGGUCGCAGAGAGUUCGCAGCCGAUGGUCGCCUUAGCGUCGCAUGGAUGCGUGGUGACACCGAGAUCAUCUUGAAUCGAGCAUUUUUCAUUGCGUUCUCUUCCAGGCUUUACAUCCUUGACGAGGCGGCCAUGCUCAUCUAUGCCACACAGCAGACGUACUUUGGCCAAAAGUUUCCUUUUUCGAUUCUCAGUGUUGAUGGCGAAAUCUACUCUCCGGAGCCUGCAUCGGUCACCGAGCUUGCCGCCCAAUUGGCAGAGUUUUUCAAAGUCCAACUCAACUUUGCGGGAACGCACGACGACCCAGCACCCACCGAGGUUACUAUGCUGGGGAAUCUUCGCAUCCCGGAAGGGUUUGCCUCAAUGGGCCAAAGGCAGCUCAAUGAAGUCCUACGUGAUACUCGCUUCUACGAUAGGCGUCUUGCCAGGUCCACCUAUGAUCCUGAAUGGGUCAGAGACUCGAUCGUCAUCGGCGUAUGGCGCACAUCGCGGAAAGCCGAAGAGCAAAGCGAUGCCUCCGAGAAUGCGUUCUGCUACUCCAAGACCUCCGGCAUCAAGGCUGGACGAACUCACGCAGCUGCUCGGACGCCCAUUGGCCUCACCUUUCCCUACGACAUCAACGGUGAGGAGAUCAACGGGCAGGAGCCGCGUUUUCCCCGGUAUAGUCGGCUUGAAGGGUAUUACUGGGCAAUGCUUUAUGCACGUGACCAGCACUACAUUCAGGAGGAAGAGGUCGUAAACUGCAUUCCAGCAUUUGGACAGCUCAAUCGAGUGGUCGUCUACGAUUACGAGAACGUGAUCUGGUUCCUCAACGGCUGGGAAAAUCAGGUUGCUGAUCCUUUCACAGGAGAAGUCUCUCGCCGUUACUGA